AUGCCCUCCUCUUCCUCCCCCACCGUCCCCCUCCCGACGGACGACAUCGACACGCUCAUCUACCUGACGCGCGCCAACGAGCUCGCGGAACUACAAUCCGCAAUCGACACGCUGAGCACGACGCACACCUGCUCGCGUCGCACGAUCCUCGCCUCCGCGAUCGACAUCGACGCCGACGGCCUCGGUUCGCAAUCUAGCCUCCUGCACUACGCGGCUGGGAACGGGCAUGUCGACACGAUAAAGUACUUGCUCGGAGUAUUACUAGGCGACGGCGACGGCGAUGGCGAUGCCACGCGGGAUGUGGCACAGAAGUCGAAUUCAAAUGCAAACCCAAGUCCAAGUAAAGAAGAUGUGCCCUCCGCGUCGUCGAUGCAGACGCACUGGCUUCUCACCCAUAAGAACGUGAGCGGGAACACGCCUCUUCACUGGGCGGCCAUGAAUGGGCAUUUGGACGUGGUCAUGGCGCUGGUCCGGGCCGGGGCCGAUGCGCGCGUCAGAAACGCCGCUGGGCGGGACUGUAUCGUCGAGGCGGAGGUGAGUGCGUUGAAUGGGCGGAGUGAGGCGCAGGUCGGGGAAUGUGUGGUUUGGAUGUUGAAGAAUUGUGAGGGCGUCGAGGAGGGGGUUGGGGAUGGAAAGCACGAAGAGGAGGGGGAAGUCGAAGAAGAAGCAGAGGUUCGACAGGGAAAUGCGACGAGUGCGGUGAAUGGGGAUGGUAGUGGAAAUGACGAUGGGACGGCAACAGUGCCGGAGACGUGA